AGUGAACCCUGUUGCGGGAGAAGACGACGACGCUGCACGGAAAGUUUGAUCUUGGCCACGAUAAUAAUCCUGUUUGUACAAAUAGAUUUCUACGGCGGCGGCCGGCGGCCGGCGGCUAAUGUCUUCUCCCUAUCACCGGAUAAUUUGAAAUAUUUUGUUCUGCUUUCCAAGUCGUUUUGGUUACGGCUGAAGUGAAGUGAGAGUGAUAUGGGGGAACCGUCAUCUCCUGGUCGGAGCCCGACGACCAUAGCGGAUCUCCACUUGGACGCUCUGACGCUGUGCGCUAGUCAUCUCAGCAUCCGAGAUGUCUCGAACAUGGCGAUGUCAUGUAAAUACCUUAGUAGAGCGGCCUACUCUGAUUCCAUCUGGUUUUCUCUCUACAGGAAAGAGUGGCCGAUGGCUGCGGUUCCAUGUUGGAAUUCAGCAUCAAGCAUUAGGGAAACUUAUAUAUCUAGGCAUACUAGCUUGCAUCAGUUUAAGUACAUCGAUCCUCUUACUUUCAAUAUGGAUGUUGGGAUACCUCCCCAGGACAUAAUUUUGGACAAAAACAGCAUUAUAAUUGCACAGGGCCGAUCGAUGCGUUCCCUGAACAUUGAUGACUUUAUGAAUCACGGGACCUCAACUGUUCUUGGUUCCCAUAAUGCUAGAAUUACUUGUAUGAGAUUGUUUUCACUGAGUGAAAGCCUACAUCAAAAUGAGUCAGACAAGGAUGCUAAUAUUCUUGUAACAUCAAGUAGCGACCAUUUUAUUCGCCUAUGGUCAAAGGGAGGUAGCCGUUGCUAUAAAGGUCAUACUGGCCCUGUGUGCACCCUCUCGGAUAAAUUAUUAGGUGAUGGUAUACGAAAUAUAUUUGCUAGUGGAGGUGAAGAUGGAACUGUUCGCCUCUGGUCCAUCCAUCCCUCUGGGAAUCGAGGCCAGCAUGCAUUGAAGGCCACCUUUCAUGGGCAUGAAAAAGCUGUGUCACUGAUGUCAGUCUCUGGGCAUAAAACUUCUUUGCUGGUUAGCAUUUCGAAGAAUGGAAAGGUUAGGGUUUGGGACACCGCUGCUGCAUCAUCUUCUACACGUACUUCAUGUUGUGUGGGAAUGAAAUCUGUGCCUCCAGCACCUGUGGGUAUGAAAUGCCAUGAGUCUCUGCUCUAUGUGGCUGCAAGCUCUUCCGUAACUGCAGUCGAUUUGAGAACAAUGCAUAGAGUAUUCACAGUACCCCAGCGAUCAAGAAUAGAAUCAUUUGACGCCUUACCCUCAAAAUUAACAUUUUGCACUGGUGGAAUAAAUUGGGCGAUGCUGUGUGACAUCAGGAGAGUUUCCGACACACUGAAAGCCCAUCCAUCUGUUGAACUGCACGGGCACGUUGGCCCAGUCGAGCUAUUACACAUGGACUCGCACAAAGUGGUCACUGGCGGACCGCGUGAUCACUAUAUCAAGAUUUGGGAUACCAACAGUGGCGCGCGGAUUAACUCCUUACCAUGUUCCAAUUCAGGUGGACUUCGUCCAGACCUCGGAUGCUUAGCAAUGGCUGUUGAUGGGUGUCGAAUUGUCACUGCUGGUUCCAGCGGCGAGAACCAGAUAGCAAAUGCCUCUCUGUGCUACCGCAACUUCAGCACUGCUACUUGUCUUGUUCCUUCCGAUGAAAAUGCUGCCUUUUCGAAAUUCUGGGAGGUUGGGGGCUCCGAAGAUGAAGAUGAAGAUUGGCCUGCUUUUUGAUGCUGGUGAUUUAUGCUUCUUUCUGAAUUCAGAAAACUAGAAAAAUUAUGUUGAUUCCCAUCUUUUCUCUGUUAUCAUUGAUCAUCAAUGUGUAGCAAUCUAUAGGUAAGACUAAAGUGUCUCUCAAGAAACUCUCCAUGCUUAAAAUACACAGAUUUUAAGUUGAAGUUUCCUAUA